UGCCAACCUAAGAAAACAUGGACACCAACAACGUAGAGACAAUUGAGAGCCAAAACCAACAUGGAUCACCACCAACUAAAGGCACCACUUUCAUAAGAACUUGCUUCAAUGGAGUGAACACUUUAUCUGGUGUGGGCAUAUUAUCAGUACCCUAUGCACUCUCAAAAGGUGGCUGGUUAAGCCUCAUGUUACUAUUGUUGGUUGCACUUUUAUGUUUCUACACCGGUCUACUUCUUCGUAGAUGCAUGGAUUCAGACCCCCUCAUCAAAUCCUAUCCGGAUAUUGGGCAAGUGGCGUUUGGUCGAAAAGGGAGGGUGAUUGUCUCAACGUUUUUGUACCUCGAGCUUUUCUUUGUGGCGGUCGAGUUUCUAAUAAUGGAAGGUGACAAUCUACACAAGUUGUUUCCAAAAGAAGAGUUUGUUGUUUUUGGAAGCAGAAUUGGUGGGAAACAAGGGUUUGUUUUGUUGACUGCUCUUGUUGUGUUGCCUACAACAUGGUUAAGGAGUUUGGGUGUUUUGGCAUAUGUUUCUGCUGGUGGGGUGAUGGCAUCAUUGAUUCUAGUGGUGGCUGUAUUAUGGGGUGGUGCUUUUGAUGGAAUUGGAUUCCAUGAAAGGGGAGAUCUUUGGAAUUGGAGUGGGUUGUCAACUGCUAUAAGUUUGUUUACCUUUUGUUAUUGUGGUCAUGCUGUUUUUCCAACUAUAUGCAAUUCCAUGAAAGACAAGUCUCAGUUCCCUAAGGUUCUACUUGUUUGCUUUGUUCUGAGCACAAUCAGUUACGGAUCGAUGGCAAUAUUCGGUUACCUGAUGUUCGGGGAACACCUAACAUCACAAAUUACAUUAAAUCUUCCUACAAAAAACAUUAGUUCAAAAAUAGCAAUCUACACGACACUAAUCAACCCGAUAUCCAAAUACGCACUAGUCAUAUCACCGAUCGCAACAGCAGUAGAAGAAACAGUCCCCUUUCGAGAAAGCAAGACGAUGAGUUGUCUUAUUCGAACAUGUAUCGUGACGAGCACAGUCUUUGUGGCAUUGGUGGUCCCAUUUUUUGGAUACGUGAUGGCGUUUAUCGGUGCAUUUUUAAGCAUUACAGUGUCGGUACUGUUACCAUGUUUGUGUUACUGCAAGAUCAUCAUAGGAUUUAAGAAAUUUGGGGUGGAAUUGAUGGUGAUUUUCAUGAUCUUGUUGUUUGGAACUUUACUUGCAGUUGUAGGUACUUACACUACUUUAACAGACAUUAUAAAAGAGGUUGUACCAAAAUAAGUGGAACCUUAAUUAAAUACAGUUUAUUUUUUAUUUUACUUUA